GGGCCCGCGCGCAGACAAGAUGGCGCUGCGUCUGCUGAGGAGAGCGGCGCGCGGAGCGGCGGCAGCGGCGCUGUCGAGGCUGAAAGCCUCUCUGGCAGCUGAUGUGUCCAGGCUUGGGUACAGUUCCUCACCCAAUCACAAAUACAUUCCCCGAAGGGCAGUGCUCUAUGUUCCUGGAAAUGAUGAAAAGAAAAUCAAGAAGAUUCCCUCUCUGAAUGUGGACUGUGCAGUACUUGACUGUGAGGAUGGUGUGGCUGUGAACAAAAAGGAUGAAGCUCGAUUGAGAAUAGUGAAAACUCUUGAAGACUUUGAUCUGGGCCCAACUGAAAAGUGUGUAAGAAUCAACUCAGUGUCCAGUGGUCUGGCCGAAGAAGACCUGCAGGCCCUCCUGCGGUCCCGGGUCCUUCCUUCCAGCCUGAUGCUCCCGAAGGUAGAAGAUCCUGAAGAAAUCCAGUGGUUUUCAGACAAAUUUUCAUUCUACUUACAAGGCCGAAAACUUGAACAACCUAUGAAUUUAAUCCCUUUUGUGGAAACUGCAAUGGGUUUGCUCAAUUUUAAGGCAGUGUGUGAAGAAGCACUAAAGAACGGGCCUCGAGUGGGUCUUUUUCUAGAUGCAGUCGUUUUUGGAGGAGAAGACUUUCGAGCCAGCAUAGGUGCAACAAGUAGUAAGGAAACCCAAGAUAUUCUCUACGCCCGACAAAAGAUUAUUGUUGUAGCAAAGGCCUUUGGUCUGCAGGCCAUAGACCUGGUGUACAUCGACUUCCAGGAUGGAGAGGGGCUUCUCAAGCAGUCGAGGGAAGGAGCUGCGAUGGGAUUUACUGGUAAGCAGGUGAUACACCCUAACCAAAUUGCAGUGGUCCAGGAGCAGUUUUCUCCUUCCCCUGAAAAAAUUAAGUGGGCUGAAGAACUGAUUGCUGCCUUUAAAGAACAUCAACAAUUAGGAAAGGGAGCCUUUACUUUCCGAGGGAGUGUGAUCGACAUGCCAUUACUGAAGCAGGCCCAGAACAUUGUUAGGCUUGCCAUAUCCAUCAAGGAAAAAUGAUCUGCUAAAUGAAGCUCUCAUCAGCAUGUGCUCUUAUAUUGAAGGCUAAAGGGUAUUGAAGCUGCGAAGGAUCAACUUGUGUUUGCCAGAGGACGCCAAUGAAAUUUGAAACACCAACAAUCAGAGAUUUUGUUUCUGCUCCUCAUUAAAUCAUGAGCUUUUGUGUGGAGACUCUGGACGACUGUUCUUUAAGAAAUUAACAGAAUGGGAAGUUUUAAACUCUACACCAACCUUUUCAUGACCUACACAGCAGCAAAGCUGCUACCCUUAGACAAACACCGCGGGGAAGGCUGUUCUGUUUAUUUAAAUUCGUAAAUAGAAAACAGUUGUUUUUUAUUUUCAGUUUUUACCUCCUACACCCUUUUUGUUUAUUUCCUAUGUGGCCCCUACCAUGUGCCCCACCCAGGGGUCUACUUUCCCCUACCCCUUCCAGUUCCUCCAGGAAGCCCAAGAGGGUAGGAGGGCUGAAGGUUAUAUACAAGGAAAGGCAUCAUGGAACCAAAGCAAAGUGGGAGAGGCCCACGUACGGUCAUACAACAUCCACCACCAGUGCAGGGCAGUUCCAACAGGCGUGCAGAGGAACCUGAUCCAGGCUGGGCAGUUCUGGGAAACACAUGCUCUGAGACACCAGCUAACAUUCUCAAACACGGGACCCGACAAGGCGGCGCUCAACUGAGACAGGAUGUGCUGUGCUGGGACCCUGCCUCCCUGGGGCAUCGCACCCCCCAACCCCUCGAGAGCAUGGGUCGCCCGGUGCUGCUCCAGAGCUAGCUGGAAAGAAAGGUGGGAGCCUGCCUCGUCCUCACUCGGAGGGGCUGGAAGGAGGAAGACAGUGUCCCAGCCAACUUGGGAGAUGACUGGCCUCCAGCCAAACUGGGCUUCAGGGCUGCGGACAGUGACAGUGGGCAGCAGGUACAGGAGAAGCCGUCUCCGCGACCCACGGCGCAGCUGUGCCCGCCUAGGGUGGUAGUCGGUGUGCACAGGGUAGACCAGGACCAUAGGUGCCCACGCAGCCGGACCCCACUGCUCAGCGCACAAACACAGGAGGACCGCUC